CACGUGUUGUCGUCGAGCUACUCGAUGAAAGGAAUGACGAUCCGAUCACGACUGCGCGCAAGGCAUUCCUAACAUCCACUCCGAAGGAGAGGUCUUCAAACACUGGCACCCCAUCUACAUUUCGGACACGACAACAUGAUCCACAACGACUUCAAUCUAUGCCCUGUGGUCGUCCCCGCGAAUAUGAAGAAACUAUCCCUGUAACCCUCUUACAUCCUGUCUUUGGCCAGUUUCUUGAUGACUGUCAGACUAUUGAUAUAACAGCUGAGGACAACAGUUUCAUUGAGCACCUCGCGACAGCCAUGUCGGCCUUGUAUGGCGACGAGAGUGAACGGGUCGAAGCUGUUGGCAAGGUAUUUCAAAACUACCGCUUCCAGUUUACCAUCACCAACACGAAGCCCGCUGGAUACCUGACGAAUGCAGAAAUGCAAGUCAAUGGACAUCGUUAUGUGAUUGCCGAAUUCAAAAACGAAACCGGGAGUACAUCAACUGAGCCGUAUUUCCAAGCCAUAGGAUACUACCUAGACUCGACGAGAGAAUACGCUCUCAAAUUCAGCAGGUCCCCUUUGCCAUGCCUCCUUCUCACCAUUUUCGGGCCAUAUAUGGUGUUUGCCGGUGCCGCAUGGAACUUGCGUCCAACGGUACAAAUCUUGUCAACACCUAUUGCGUUUCACUUUCAUUCCACCGAUAUCCACAAUCGACUUACUGUGGCACGUCACAUGGCCGCUUUUCGCAAAGCUGCCGAAAGGCUGAAUGAAUAUUACGAAAACCUGACAGAAACACCUCUUCUUACUUCCGCACCGGUCCCCCCUCAUAUGUUCGCGUACUCAACGAGUUACAGAUCGCUUCACAGCAAUACUUUGAAAAAUUUCCGGUACGUGACAGAACUGGACUCUGACAAGCUCGUCUUCUCCGGAACUGAAGACGAAGGCGAUCAUAUAUGUAUCAAAUUCGUUCAAACUUAUUCGUGCGAUGUCCAUAAUCACUUUGUAUCUUUGGGAUGUGCCCCAGCCUUGCGAGGGUUCGAAAAGAUCGCCGGUGGCUGGUUCAUGGUGGUCAUGGACAUGCUCCCUGACGACUUUGAGAUGCUGAGUGCCCGCACGGGACGGCUCCCCCUUUCUGUCUUCACCGAUAUAUCCGCAAAACUGGAAAGUCUUCACGAAGCUGGUUAUGUCCAUGGCGAUAUUCGCGAUGCGAAUAUUAUGGUGUCCAAGACUGACGAGACACGGUUCAUGAUCAUCGACUUCGACUGGGCGGGCAGCGCUGGAGAGGCGCGAUAUCCAGCUUGCGUCAAUUACAUGGAUAUAGUAAGGCCACAAGAAGCUCGCGACGGGAAAAAGAUCUUGAGGGACCACGACAAUUUUAUGCUCCAAGUCGUAAAAAGAUGGAACUUCAUGGAUUAGGUAUAUUUUAUUUGUAUCAUGAUGUAGCAAAACCGUCAUGCUGAAUGGCGUCUAUUCUAUAUGGUUUUUGUAAUUCAGUAAAGGUUCGGGCUAGAAAUGAUAGCGAUUUCGAU